CGCUUCGCCAAACAGCACCGACCGACUGUUAGCUCACCCACCAGACGGACCAACCGUCCCGCAUAUAAGCCACAACAGUCGUCGUGGGCCCAGUCAUCGCUCAGGGCGCGUAGGGUUACAUACCGCAGCGCCAGUCAAACGUACACCGACGCACAAGAGGUCCACGUGCAGCGCUUAUCAGACGACUCUAAGCACACCACUACCACUACAACAACUAGUCGUACGGCUCCCCCAUUCGCAGAAAUACCCCUCAGCCAUGUCGUCAAGUCGCAGCACCUCUCUACGCGAGGCGACACACUCCUUCUGCCACGCCCUCCUCUCACCUCCCCCGCCCUCAGACCUGCUGUCAAAGUACUUUAGCAACACGCCCAAGAUCACAGAACACGGGCCUGAAUGGGCACGAUCGCGACUACCUUUUCUGGCCAAGACCUUUUCAGGAAAACAGGGCUGUGAGGAGUACUUCAAGCUUAUGACUGAUGUGCUGGACAUGUCGCUCCCUAGUGACGCAUUCCCGGGCAAAGAGGGGUUCAUUGUAGAUGCAGAGGCAGGCAUGGUCAGCGUAGUUGGCAAGGGGCGGUUUGCUAGUAAGAAGACGGGAAAGGCAUGGGAUGAGCAGUUCAUCCACAGGUUUAGUGAGUUUGAUGAGCAAGGGAAGAUUGGUCACUGGGAGAUUUGGGCGGAUCCGCUGAGUGCCUGGGAAGCUGUCGGCUCGUAAAGGUUAAAAGAUGACGGUGGCAAUUGCAACGGCUUAUGGUGCUGAAACUUGCCAGCAUGACGAACAUGGUAAACGACUCUAUACAGAAUUCAAUAGUCAGAUUGACUAGACUUCGAUGCAUAUGAACGGAUCGCGGAGUCCAAUGCCGUUAGCGCCUCGCUUCGUAAAUGUGGACCCCAUCGGCAUCUUCUGCACCUAACCUCC